AUGUGCGACUCGACCUUAGAGACAACCGGCUUCACCGAUGGUCCUCCAACCCUCUUCCCCGCCGAACUAGAAGCCGGAUUCGAGGAGGAAGAGAAGCCAAAGCCAAAAGAAACCACAAUAUAUUACUAUUGGGAACAGGAUCCAAGUUUGUUCAGGACUACGAUACCAGUAGCACCACACAAGCUGACAUUGGCACAUCUGAAGUGCGCACUGAACAUGACCAAUAUCAAGUGUUUUAUGAUGAAAAUGGAUCCGAAUGUCAAACAGUAAGUGGGUUUUGGGGUGUUUUAGAUAUUUUAAUGAGGUUUUUAGACAUUUUUAGGUAACAGAAGAUUAUGUUUUAGAUUUUAAGCUGGGAAAUAUGGAGUUUUCUUAUGUUUUAGUAAUAAAAUUGAGUUUUUAUGGUUUUUUAGGUAACAAAAAUUACUUUUUUUGCUAUUUUAGAUAACAAAACUUAAUUUUUUAAAGUUUUAGGUAAUAUUUUUUCGUUUUGUACACUUUUAGGUAACAAAAAUUCAUUUUUCAUUAUUUUAGGUAACAAAACUCAUUUUUUUCUAUUUUCAGCAAAGUAAAAAUGGACAUUCAAGAUGAAGACCAGAUUCUGGAGCCGGAUGAAGAUGGCAACUUUAUUUUUUAUUUCAUGAAGUUUGACGAAGACCUACAAGGAGGGACCUUAAGACGGAGUAAAUACAAAAAACAGGCGGUAAGUUUGUGGUUUUUCGGUAAAAAACUUGAUUUUUUAUAAUUUUAGGUAACAAAAUUAAGGUUUUUUGAAAUUUAGGUAAUAAAAUUGAAUUUUUUUAAAUUUAGGUAACAAAAAUUUGAUUUUUUUGUAUUUUAAGUUUCAAAAAUUGAUUUUUUGCAUUUUAGGUAACAAAAAUUAAUUACUUCAAAUUUUAGCCAAAGCCAGUGAUGGUACACCCGAAAAAACCAGCUCAAAUAAUCCGCCCACCCCAACCCAAACAAUAUCAGAAUCCAGAAGUCAUCUCGGACGAUUCCUCCUCAUACGACGAUGAUUCCGGUGACAUUACCUCAAUCUCACGCAUCUCAGAACGUCGCCGUACCCGCCGACCCAGAAACCGCCGUGCCUGGAGUCCCAGCUUCAUGAGCACGACCAUGGAGACGGAUGUCAGCGUGAGCGUGAAUCUCUACACCGUGAGCUUGAAUCCGAUUCCAGAAGUGCCGUUCGGCUUGAACGUUGUGGUCCGCGAGAACGGUAAACAACAAACCCUCACGGUGGGAUCGUUGGCUCCAGGAAGCUGUGUAGCUCUCGACGGUCGAAUCCUACCAGGCCAUAUUAUCAUAGAAGUCAACAAAGAACCCUUGGCCGACUACACCGCCAAACAAGGCCUGAAGAUCCUGACGGACGCUGUAGAUCGAGCUACACGAACUCGAGGUCAAGUUCAGUUGACAUUGGCUUCACCGAUGGAGCUCCCGACCUAUUUCCAGCCUCCAGACGAAAGUAUCCACCCGAUCGACACAGCCGCUUGGGUACAGUGCACCAAUAGAGCCAUUGGUCUGGACACAGAGAAUCAGCACUACCGUGACUUUACUGAAUCCUACAGCCAAGGAUUCAAGGGCUACGGACGCGGCUUCGAGUUUGGUAAAGGAGAAUAUGGCAAAAAUGAUGCUGAUUUCGGGAAACAUGGUGCUGAUUUUGCCAAAAAUGGUGCAGAUUUUAUGAAAAAUGGUCCAGAAUUCAGCCGGCAUCAGAAUUCAGAAUCCAAGUUCUACAGUAUCGAGAACAUGGACUUCAAACAACCCACCGGCACCUGGCCCUCGUCCGGCGUCGGCAGCUCGAUCGUCAGCUCGAAUCCGGAACGGUACGGCCUAGAAACGCCGGCUACAGUCAUCGUACAAGCCAUGCUCGAUCCACGCCACGGCGUACCCAAAACCAACGAUAAUCAGCACCUCCUCAACAUCAACAACGGCUUCCUAGGCCAACACAUCAUCAACUGGCUCUCGGACAACGUGAAUGGUUUAGAUGAUUCGGAAACGUGCGCACGGUACGCCGAGAAUCUGAUCAAUAACAAGUUCUUGGUACCUAUCACAACAUCGAAAAGCUUCAGUAGGCAUGGGUUUUACACGGUCAACUUUGAUUUACUGCCGAGGAAUGGUCAUAACACACUGAGGAGAGGGGUACUUCAGGAGAUCAAGCCAGCCAUGGACGAUACGAUCAUGGACAGGAAGGGCAAGGGCUGCUUCUUCUUCUGCAUGAAGAAGAACAAACGGAAGUAG